CACGGCACCUUGUUCGGGAAUCAUGAAGACAGUACACUCCUACGACAAUGGAUAGCAGGAAGAAUAGAGGGCGCUAUUUACAGACCUAUGCUUUUUCCUCCGAGAGGCUUUUAUUUUGAAAGGCAAUUGGCUUCACUGGAGACGCGGUGCCUUACGGCAACCACCACCGACGCGAUGUGGAAAAUAGCAAUGUCGGAGGAAGUAGGCAGGGCGCUACAGUCGGUGGUGCAGCGGGUGAACCAGGCGGCGUCCCGACGACCCAAGUCGCUACCACCUGUGCCGCCACGACUUGUCGCGGUCAGCAAAAUGAAACCUCCCAAGAUGGUCGUGGAGGCCUACACUCAAGGCCAACGUAACUUUGGAGAGAAUUAUGUUAAUGAACUUGUGGACAAAGCUUCAGAUCCCAUGAUUUUAGAAUCAUGCCCAGAAAUCAAGUGGCAUUUCAUUGGUCAUCUACAGAAGAAUAAUGUCAACAAACUCUUGGGCGUGCCAAAUUUGUUCUUGGUGGAGACAGUCGACUCGGCGAAACUGGCUGACAAGGUCAAUAGCUCAUGGCUCCGUAUCAGAGGAGUGAGCACGCAGAGGUUAAAGGUCAUGGUGCAGAUCAACACUAGUGGCGAACAGAGUAAAUAUGGCCUUCCACCAGAGGAAACUGUGAAUACCGUGAAGCACAUCGUAUCGGAGUGCUCUGCCCUGCAGUUCUCAGGACUCAUGACCAUUGGGCGCUAUGGCUACAACCUCACCCUUGGCCCAAAUCCGGACUUCCAGAUGCUUCUGAGUUGGCGGCAGAAGGUUUGUGACAGUCUGAAGCUACCUCUGGAGGAGGUGGAGCUCAGCAUGGGUAUGUCCACAGAUUUUGAACAUGCGAUCGAGGUAGGGUCAACUAAUGUACGGGUGGGAAGCAUCAUCUUCGGCAACAGAGAGUAUCCCAACAGCGCAACCAACACUCCGAUUCCCAGCCCUGCCCCCAGCCCAGAGAAAACAUCCAAGCAAGUGUCAGAAGAGGCCGCCAAGAAAAUGCAGCACUUGAAAGUCUGAAUCGGAACACUAACAAGUUCUUGUCAAUCUCCACUGUAAGAGAAACAAUACAACCGUGGAAAUAAGACCAGCGGUACAAAAUCCCCACACACACCGGGUUAGCAUUGCCAAAUUAUUGUAUAUUUUAAAGCGUAUUUAAACAUUUAUUUCAUUUUGACACUGAAAAGUACAGUAGUUCUAGCCAACUGUUGUUGCUAACCUAUAGUAGGUUUGAGCUGUGCUAAAAGUUAGAAGACAACGGUACACCUGUUAAAAUUCUAUAUAUUUUUUCAAUAAGCUCAACCGAGAGAAUUUAUGUGGCAAUGUUAAUUUCUACCAGUCCAACCCAAUGUGCUUGACUGUGUUGUCUCACAUCAAUGUACAUUUUUGUUGUGCAGCUGAAGCAGACUUGAUUUAAUAAAUCUCUCAUCCCUUUAUAAUGGC